GUAUUUAUAAAUCAUAACUUCAUUUCACUUCCUUUCUCUCCCAAAAAAACUCUUCUCAUUCUCUCUUCACUCUUUCAAACCCUUUUCUUCUUUCAAACACCAACCAACAUAGUAGUUUCAAACUUCACCUUAGGAAAAAAAAAACACAAGGGGGUGUGGUGGUGGAGAGAGGUAAAAAAGCAUAAGAGAACAAAAAAAAAGUGUUGUAGUAAAAAAAAAACAAGUUUGAAAAGGGGGGUGGAGUGGGGGUGGGGAUAGUAAAUUGUGAUGCGCUCAGGAAUUUAUACAUUACAAGAGACACUAACAGCCGAGUCUGCUUCAAUCUUGAAGCAUUCUUUGAGCUUAGCACGUAGAAGAAAUCAUGCACAAAUCACACCUCUUCAUGUUGCUACAACUUUGUUGAGUUUAAAUGCUUCUUCUCUUAAAAAAGCAUGUCUUAAAUCUCAACAACAAAAUCAAUAUCCUCUUCAAUGUAGAGCUCUUGAACUUUGUUUCAAUGUUGCUCUUAAUAGACUUCCAACUACUAUCAUCCAACACCAACAACAUGUUUUUGUUCCUUCGCUUUCGAAUGCGCUUAUUGCUGCUCUUAAAAGAGCUCAAGCUCAUCAAAGAAGGGGGUGUAUUGAGCAAAAUCAGCAACAAAAUCAACAACCACUUUUAAGUGUAAAAGUUGAACUUGAUCAGCUUAUUUUGUCCAUUCUUGAUGACCCUUCUGUUAGUAGAGUUAUGAGAGAAGCUGGUUUUUCAAGUACUUCUGUUAAAAACAACUUAGAACAUGAAAAUCAUCACUCUUCAACUUUCACAAAUCAUAAUAAUAGCCAUUUUCUGAGUUCUUAUGGUUAUGGUAAUUAUGGUUAUGGUUCUGUUUUGUUUUCUAAACCAACACAAGUGUAUAAUCAUUUUCCUUUACAAUCUUGUAAAGAAGAUGUUAAGCUUGUUUUUGAUGUUCUUAUGAGGAAGAAGAAGAGAAACAUUGUGAUAGUUAGUGAUACAGUUUCAUUAACUGAAGGACUAGUUAAUGAGUUAAUGGAAAAAUUUGAAAGAGAUGAAGUUCCUAAUGAGUUAAAAAAAACUCAUUUUGUUAAGUUUAAUCUUGGUUCUGUUUCUAUCAAGUAUAUGAAAAAGGAAGAAGUUGAAAUGAAUGUUAUAAGAGUGUUGAAAAGGAAGAUUAGUGAUUAUGUUGCAUUAGGUGUUGGAGCUGUUUUUUAUGUUGGUGAUUUGAAGUGGAUUAAUGAUGAUUAUGGUGAUGAAAGUUGUUAUAAUCAUGUUGAUUAUUUGGUUGAUGAGAUUGGAAAGUUGUUUUGUGGUGAAGAGAUUAAUAAUGGUAAGAUUUGGCUUGUUGCAACAGCUAGUUAUCAAAGUUAUAUGAGGUGUCAAAUGAGGGUACCAAGUUUUGAGAAUCUAUGGUGUCUUCAAGCUGUUCCUGUUCCAUCAUCUGGUGGACUUGGUUUAAGUCUUCAUUCUUCAAGUGUGAUUGAUUCAAAAAUGAGCAUCUCUCAAAACCCUUCUAUGUUGGAAUCAAAGCUCUUUAGUAACAAGGAGGAACAUGAUAAGCUUAAUUGUUGUGAAGAAUGUGCCACCAAUUAUGAAAAAGAAGCUCAAUUGAUCAAACCAAGUCACAAGAAUCUUUUGCCUUCAUGGCUUCAGUCUCAUAGCACAGAAGCUCAUCAGAAGGAUGAGUUAACCCAAUUGAAGAAAAAGUGGAACAGAUUGUGCCAAUGUAUCCACCAAAAUAAACAACCUCAAAACCAAUGGAACAACCUUUAUAAUUCAAAUGCAAAGAUCUACCCUUAUAAUUCAUCAUAUCCUUAUUGGCCAAACCAAGUUACUAGUAUCUUGCAAGACUCAUCAAGUUCAAUAUCUUUUGCUGAUUCUAUAACCAAACCAGCUUAUAGCUCAAACACUAUACCCCGAUUCCGGCGCCAACAAUCAUCCACCAUUGAGUUCAAUUUCAAUGAUGAAAAAACACAAAAAAACCAAACAACAACAAAUGUGGAUUCUCUUAAUGAUGUUGUAAAGACAACUCUUGCUCUUGGAUAUUCAACAUUCAAUGAUUUAGAUCAAAAAAAGGUUGAAAAUUUAACAAUGCAAAGAGAACAUAUUUGUAAAGUGUUGCAAGAGAAUGUUCCAUGGCAAUAUGAAACAGUUUGUUCAAUAGCAGAAGCUUUGGUUGAUUCAUCAAAAUCAUCAAAGGAAAGUGCAACUUGGUUGUUUUUGCAAGGGAAUGAUACUGUUGGGAAAAAAAGAUUGGCACUUGCAAUUGCAGAAUCAGUUUUUGGAUCAGUUGAUGUGUUACUUCACUUGGAUAUGAUGAAGAGGGAAAAUUCAGAAACACCCUUUUCUGAAAUGGUUAUUGGUCCAUUGAAAAACAAUGAAAAGUUUGUUUUUUUGGUUGAAAAUGUUGAUUUUGGCGAUACCCUUUUAAGGAAAAUGCUUGAAGAUGAAUUUGGGGUUGCAAAGAUUGGAAUUUUAGGCCAAAAAAUAUUCAUAUUGACCAAUGGAGGCAAUAUGGUCAAUGAAGAUCAGAAGAAGGAUUCAGUGAUGAAGUUGGUUUUGAAGAUUAGUGAAAGUGAAAAUAAAUCAACUUUGGUGUUGUCAUCAUCAUCAAAAUCACCUUGUUUAGGUAAUAAAAGAAGGGCUGAAUUUGAAUUUUUUAGCAAGAUGAAAAAUCCUAGGAUUGAAGAAAAUGAAGGGAAGAAAAAGAGAGAAUUUUCAUUUUCAAGACAAUUAAGCUUGAAUAACACUCUUGACUUGAACAUGAAAGUUGAUGAAGAAGAAAAUGAUGAAGAUGAUGAGGGACAAAAUAGUCCAAUUUCAAGUGAUUUGACAAGAGAAAUAGUAGGAGAGCAUUUGAUUUCAAAUGGGUCAUUUGACUCAAUUGAGAAUUUGUUUGAGUUGAGUCAAAGUCAAGCUAAGAAGAAGGAAAUGACAAAGAUGUUUAUGUCAAGGGUAAAAGAGUCAUUUGAGGAGGUUUUUGGGAAAGUAAAAUUUAGUGUACAAGAUAAGGUGAUAGAGGAAAUUGGUGUUGGGGGGAUUGGUUCUUUUACUAACAACAUGUUUGAGAAAUGGCUAAAAGACAUUUUUCAAACAAGUUUAGAGAGGGUUAAUGGUGGGGGUAAAAAUGGUAUAGUUUUUACACUUUGUGGGGGUGGUAAAGAGGAUAGAAAAUGGGAUAGUGGGUUUAUGGGUUCAUGUUUGCCUAAAAAUAUCCAAAUUGUUAACUACUUAAUGGAUUGAUCAUAUCACUAACUUUGGUUAGUAGAGUUGGGGUUGUAAGGUGUAAAAUGGAAGUAAUAGGUACUUUUGUGUAAUUGCUAAUUUUCAUUAUAGAAUGUGUUUGUUUUUCUUGUGCUUAUUAAUCCUUUUUUGUUAAUGA